CGACUACGUUAUUCUACUCCUAACACUACAAAGGUCGUUCACGCUUCGCCUUCUAUCGACUGAGCCCGAGCUGCACACGCGAUGCGGCUUCUCCACUUCAAUGCGCUGGGAAAGCUUGUCUUGACAGACUUCCGCGGCAAGACGAUCCCACCCUACGCCAUUCUAUCACAUAGAUGGAGCGACUCCGAGAUCCUCUUCGAAGAUAUAGCGAGCGGAGCCUACAAGGACAGGCAAGAAGGCUAUCGAAAGCUUGAGUUCUGCGCCAAGCAGGCGACCCAGGAUAGUCUGCAGUUCUUCUGGAUCGACACAUGCUGCAUCAACAGAUGGGACCUUCGUGAGCGCUCGAAAGCGAUCAACUCAAUGUUCCAGUGGUACAAGAAUUCGACGCGAUGCUACGUCUUCUUAUCAGAUGUCUCCCUAUCUACUGCAACGGAUUCAUCCCAGCGUAGUGACUGGGAGGCGGCUUUCCGUGAAAGCGUAUGGUUCACUCGAGGGUGGACACUCCAAGAGCUGAUCGCGCCCAUUUCAGUCGAGUUUUUUACCUACGAAGGCCAGCGUAUAGGUGACAAGGCAUCACUGGACGAGCUUCUAUACGAGAUUACUAGCAUCCCACUUGAGGCACUGCGAAACUGUCCUCUAGACCAUUUUCCCAUAUCUGAGCGAGAGCGAUGGGCCAAAAAUCGCAUAACAAAAGAAGAAGAAGACAUCGUAUACUGCCUACUUGGAGUCCUUGGCAUCUCUAUGCCCACUGCAUAUGGAGAAAAAAAGGACAGUGCACGAAGUAGACUGAAGGCAGAAUUAGAGGCAGCUGAUAACGUACCAUCGAUUAUUCCAUUCUCGCGCAAUCCUCGCUUCGUCGGACGAGAGUCACAGCUUGCCAAACUAGAAGCAGAGCUCUUUAGCAAUGAACAGAGAACUACAACUCUAGCAAUACAUGGCCCGGGUGGGACAGGCAAGUCGCAGCUUGCGCUCGAGGUUGCACACAGGACAAGGCAGAACAACAAGAACUGCUCAGUCUUUUGGAUGGACGCGAGCGACAAAGACAGUCUCAACCAGUCGUAUGUAAGUGUUGCGCAGAAGCUCAGCAUUCCUGGAUGGGACGAUGAGCAGGCAGAUAUGAAGCAGAUCAUAAAAGACUGUGUGGCCAAAAUGAGCGAGCGGCAGUGUCUGAUAAUCUUCGACAACACUGAAGACCUCACUCUACGGUCGGGCGGCUCGUCCACAACAGAACGUGCAGAUUUAGCCGAUUGUCUGCCGAAGUCUAGGCUUUGCUCCGCCAUCUUCACAACGACGAACAGCGAUACAGCUCGGGCGCUUGCUUCACAGAAUGUUACAGCGCUGGGAGAGUUGACACUAGAUACGGCGCAGAGGAUGCUGCAAAGCCGCUUGGCGAGGGUACUCUCUAAUACUGAGCAGAAGGAAGCCGAUCUCUUGCUAGGGGAACUAUCAUAUCUGCCUCUAGCGAUUGUGCAAGCAGCAGCCUGCAUUAAUGCUAGCGGCAUGACGGUGCAAACGUACCGAGCACAGCUAGAUAAGCGCAAAGAAGAAGCUAUCAAGCAAAGCAGCGAAUCGUCUGAAGACAAACUACAGAGCUCUGGUAUAAAAGAUCCUAUAGCUGCCACAUUGUUUAUCUCCGUGGAGCAGAUUGAUCAUGAAAAUGCGCUCGCUGUAGACCAUCUUUCUUUUGCUGCAUGCCUAGACCGGAAAGACAUUUCACUCGAUCUUCUACAGGCAGUCUCGCCACAGGCAAGGGAAGAUGCUAUUAAGGUGCUUGAUAGGUAUGCGCUUGUUACCAGACGACCUGCUGAGUCUGCACUCGAUAUUCAUCGACUAGUCCACCAAGCUCUACACAAACGGCUGCAAGCGCAGGGACGGUUUCAACAGUGGACUAAACGCACUAUAACACAGCUACUUUGGGUGUUCCCAACCAGCGAUCACAAUAACAGAAGCAAGUGGAGACGGUUACUUCCGCAUGCCUUGUAUGCUCUGUCGCAUAGUCGGAUAGAUGAUGACGAAGAGAGUUUGAUUCUUUCUGUAAAGUGUGCCAUGACUCUGCAUAGUGAUGGAAGGUAUGAGGAAGCGGAAGAGCUAGAGGUGCAAGUGAUGCAGAUGAGGAAGAGAAGAGUGCUUGGCGAAGAGCAUCCUUCCACGCUGACCAGUAUUAAUAGUCUUGCCUUUACGCUGCAGUCUCAAGCUCGUCACGAAGAGGCUCUUGCACUGAUGGAAAUAUGCUUCCACCAUCGCCAGCAGGUCCUUGGCGAGCAACAUCCUCAUACACAGUUGUCGCUGGAUGCGCUAAAGAGCUGGCGAGCGGAUCAUCUUAAUAAUGUCUCGUAA